UAGGCAUGAAUUUGCAGAGCUGCUUGUACUUUUUGUUCGCUCCAGUGUUAGAGUCGUAGUUGGGGAUGUCCAUUCGUAUACAAGUACCGUAGAUAACUUGAGAGGGAUAAGUUCAGAUAAAUUUGUUUAACGUAUAUGUAUAUGGAUAUUGCCAAUGCGAAGAAGCACAUUAUCCCAAAGAUUGAAGCUGGGAAGAUGUUUAAGGUCGCCCGUGACGUCAUUAAGGAUACAGGAACAGGAAACGGGACUCUAAAGAUAGACGUGCCGAAGCUUAUGGGUCACCUCAGCCUGAUAGCCUAUAAGGACGGUCAGAAGGCGUAUGGCAAGAGAGUCGACUUCGAUACGAUAGAUAUACUCACAAAGCGUUUCAAUAGUAGUAAAAAGUACAGCGACCUCUCUAGAAUGGUAUUCAACGAGCUGAAUGAGCUAGGUGAGCUCCCAAUACAUAGAACCUCAAAGAAGUAUUAAAAAAUUGGUUCAGGUGUGGUGUACUAUAACGACCCCAAAGAUCUUAUAUCUAGGUUGGAAUUACUUGGUGGUGGUUCGAUUCAACCGGAUUCAACUCAGAGGCGAGUUCUCCAAAGUCGCUCAUGUGCUAAGGAGAUUGGGUGCUAUCUCGAACGACCAACUUGGAGAGCUUUUGUCUAACUAUCUUGUAUAGAUGGAAAAUAUUGUAGAGAGAGCUGUGUACAUCUCAUCCCGUGAUCGCGAGGCGCGUGGCGUCAGCCGACCCGAUGAUUUCACUAUCAAAAUGAACCCGUCAUUACGGCUUUCUAACGACACCAGACACGGGAUCGCCGUCGACAAGAUAUCAAUGACCUACAGCUGGCAUAACAUCAACCCCGAAUAUGAGAACGAUAGUGUCAAGUACUCACCUGAUGGCGGGGCUACUUGAACAACCGUCACCUUUCCAAGUGGGAUGUACUCAUACCAUGAUCUGAACGAUUUUUUACAUCAGGAAAUGAAAUCGAACGGUCAGGUAGGGGUUGCUGAUGGCAAAUGAAAAUUCUAUAUCGACAUCGUAUUAGUCCUCACCACCUACAAAGUCGUCGUCAUAGUCGGCGAUAAAUAUGAACUGGACAUAAGGGGGACAAAAUUCGGCGAACUCAUAGGAUUCGACGCAAAAGUCAUCUCGAAGACUAUUGGUCUAAAUUACCCAACACCACGAACAGCAUCGACACGCUCCACAUCAACACUGAUCUAAUAACCGACAGCAUUGUAGGAGGUCGCGCUAGUAACACGCUAUUUGUCAUACCGACAGACAACUUGAGUCGGAGCUACCCGUUCUCAGUCCAACCAACCAGAGCGCUGUUUAACAACGUGGCUGCCAAUUUGAUUAGCAGUAUGAGAUUCUACGUCAUGGAUUCUAUUGGUCGUCUUAUCAAUCUCAACGGUAUCGAAUGGUACAUGACUCUAAUCCUAGGUCGAUAUAUUAGUCUAACCUAAUUGUAUAUGAGUUUUCAACAUUAGUAUAAGAGGAGGUACGACCCUGAUGUGGGUAGAUACGUGUUGAAGCAUGUCUACGGCCGUAAGGUAUUUGGAAAGACAGCAAAGAAGGCUGUAAAGGAUGCGACGAGUAAAGCAGUCUCAAUCGCUAUAAGCAAAACUGGUGAUUACGCUGGGAAUAGAGCAGGGGAUCAGAUCGUCAAGCUCUUACAGAAGAACAAAAAGGGUGCCCAACCCACUAUUAGCCCAACACCAACCAAAGAUGCUCCGUUAACAGACUCUGAGAUCAACAAACGUGUCCAGCGUAUAUCAAACGGAUCUGGAAGGGUGCGAAGGUUGAGAGUGUGAGGUAUUAUCUAACAUUAUUAUAUAAAUGUAUAGAAAUCCAAAGUACGUACAACGCUAUGAAGACGUGUCGUUCGAUUAAGAAACUCCACUAGUUUCAAACGUCGCGAACAACGCGCACCAAACUCUCACAGGGUAUCGUAUUGUGGCCGACAACAGUGGAGAGAACGCGCCUCUCGAUUGGUACAACGCCCGUUUUGAGGUUAAUUCCAAAGUCCAAUUGCUAGCGGAUGGUGGAGACAUCGCUGUCGACGAUAGUAUUGUAAAUGGUAGUCAUUCACUGACCAAAGAGAUAUCCGUCAAGGUCAAUGGCAUUCCAGUCUACGACAACACACGGGCGGAUCACACCGUUAAUAUCAAGAACCUACUUGAGUACGACACUUCAUAUGCUAAAACUGUAACAAACGAAUUUUACUUCCUAGACACUAGUAGAUUUGCUGAGGAGAGGCCGACCGAAGCUACUUAUAAUAACUGUUUUGCUGCUCAAAAGGGUUUGCUCGGGACAUCUACAACUGUCAACACUGAAACACUCUCAAUAGAUACUCUUUCUUCGAAGCGUUCGAAGGCAAACUUAUGCCUAACACAAAGGUUUAGAUACAGAUCACUCGAAAUUUUGACGCGACUCUCAUAUGGCAAGCAGGAGCGGAUUGCCGAGUCGUUAUAACUAGAUUCAAACUGUAGGUGCCACGAAUUAUCUUCAACUCAGUGGGUGAGAGCAUGUAUAUGAGUAAAUAUUUAGCUUCCCAUAAGUGGACUUACCUAAGGGAGAUGGUCGAGCGGUCAAACUCAGGAAGAGCCAAAACAGGGAGCUUCAAGAUAACCAGUGGAAUCAAUCGUCCUAGACAUGUCUUCGUGUGGAUAUCCAAUGAGGAUUCUCAAACAGCAAAUCCAUCCCUAUAUGACACAUUCUCGGUGGCUAACGAUAGGACGCUAACGAGUUGUCAUCUAGAGGUAGGGACUGGUAACCAGUAUCCAGAAAGUGAGUAACAAGUUAGUUUUGAGAUGUCUAGAGUGUUCCGAGACGUCUUAGGAUACGUCAAUUCCAUUAAUGACUACAAAGGAGGAACCCUACUGACUAGAAUCAAUUUCGGCAGCAUUUUUCCCAUUCAUUUACUUCGACUUGAGGAACCAGAAGGCUGAUAUUAAAGAUGGUACCACCAAGUUGACAUUCAAAUAUAGAUUAAGCGCUGGAACUAACGCCGACUACAGCGUGUAUGCCCUUGUUUUGUACGAACAGGAUAUCGAGCUAACACAGUCUAAUGGGAAGCUGUUAUUGAGAUCAUAAAGAAAAUAUUUGCUUGCGAAUAGACUUUUUAUGCUUUCCCACGGGUUAUUCAAAUUAAUGCUAUAAUAUUAUAAUCGGAACCCUGUGCAGUAUAAUUCAUUGAUGGGGACCCUGUGUUAUUGUUAUAUAACAACUGUCCACACGUGACUCCUGUUGGGGAUGCAUUGCAUUGACCCCUAUCCAUUAGCACUAGGCUAGGGAAACACUCGUGCACGGUGUCAUUUGCUGCCAGUCGCCGAAGGAUCCGCUAAAGUUUUUUGAUAGAUUUGUACUAUUUUCCUAUAGAAGUAGACCAUGCCUAGGAAACGCCGACCACCACCACCUCCAAUUCAGCCAGCUAAAAGGCCUAGAUCUGCUCGGCUGCAAGCAAGGAGAACCGGGUUAAUGGUCGACCCUCCACCAGCCGUUAACAACACGGAGGAAAUUGUCGCACCACCAUCAGCCGUAAAUAACAGAGAGCCAACGGUCAUACCACCACACGCAACCUUGUCACCAGACACGUUGGAGAUGAUCAUUUCAACGGUCACAACCAGGGUCACAGAUGCCCUUAUACCUCUCCUCCCACAGCGGGUUCCUGCUGAAGAAGCUAAUACACCAGUGGAGGUUCCACCCCAAACGCGCACCGAUGCAUUGGUGGAGUCAGCCAUCGCCAACGUUCGGGGCCUGCUCUCAGGUGAGAAGGACCCUCCACCACCCCCUACACAUGACCUUCAGACAGUUCAAUUUUCGCUCGACACAAGAGUUUCCACAAAGACAAAGGCGAAGAUUUGGGAUAAUGAAUUUUUAGAGUUUGGUAUUCUAUUAAGCAAUCCCUGGUCAGAGGACAAAUAUCAGUUAAGUGUCUCAUCAGGUAGUGGGGGCCGGCAGCCCUCAAUUUGUCUAGAGCCCACUACUCGGCCUAAACGGAAUCUGACUAUGGAGAUGUGGGCAUCAGCCUUCAGAAUUUUUGUGGCGGUUUAUACCCAGAAAUAUCCCAAUGAGGCCCCAGCCCUCAUGAAAUAUGGGGAAACGAUCCAUGAUUUGGCUAAUCGUGGCCACAAUUGGCGUUAUUAUGAUGAAACAUUCCGUACGCUGCGCCAGGUAAACCCCUCCCUGUUCCCAUGGGCCAAUAUCCAUUCCGAAUUGUGGCUUCGGUCACAUGUUUCGGUAACUAAACCUGCCAGUACCGGAAGAAUUCCAAACAAAUCACACCAGGCUAUCCCAAAAGGUUUCUGUUACCGUUUCCACAGUGGCAAGGCAUGUUCGGGUUGCGACUUCAAGCAUGCAUGUUAUCUCUGCAGUGCUGGUAGCCACCCUGCCACUAAAUGUUUUCGUCCCCAACGGCAACAACCGGGAGGACAAUCGGAACAUGCCAGGCCCCAAUCUUCCAACCCCGGUAAAAAGUGAACGUUUUUUACAUUUACUUUCUGGGUAUGAACCAGCCAUUUUUGCUUAUCUGUCUAAGGGUUUCAAUUCAGGUUUUUCCUUGCAUUUUGAAGGCACAUUAGAACCCCUUGAAUCUCAGAACCUGCUUUCGGCUUCUGAACAUCCUGAAAUUGUUGAUGCCAAGGUCUUCAAAGAGCUGGAGGCCCAUAGGCUUGCAGGUCCCUUUGCAAUCCCACCAUUUUCACCCUUUCGGGUAUCUCCGUUGGGGGUUGUACCUAAGAAAACACCCGGUGAAUUUAGGCUUAUACAUCAUCUUUCUUUCCCUAAAGGGAUUUCUAUCAAUGAUGGCAUAAUGCCAGCUAAUACAAGCGUCCGUUAUGCCACUAUCGAGGACGCAAUUCGAUUUAUUCGGCAUAAUGGUACCAGCUGUUAUCUUGCUAAGACUGACAUAAAGAAUGCAUUUCGCAUAAUUCCUAUCGAUCCUAAGGACUACCCCUUGUUGGGUUUUAAAUGGAGAGACUCUUACUAUUAUGAUCGAUGCAUGCCUAUGGGUUGUUCCAGCUCCUGUAAAACGUUUGAAACCUUUAGUACGGCUGUGGAAUGGAUAGCUAGGAACAAAUUACAUAUACAUUCAAUCCUCCACCUUCUUGAUGACUUUUUGAUCAUAGCCCCUACCGAAGAUCUAUGUAGGGCGCAACUACAACUUUUUCUGGACCUAUGUAACUAUCUGGGUAUUCCCAUAGCACCAGAGAAAACAAUGGGACCUGCCACUACUUUGCAGUUUGCGGGUAUUGAACUUGAUACCCAAAUGUUAGUGGCUCGCCUACCACAAGACAAAAUUGACAAGUCUAUACAGCUGAUUACUAGUUUUUUGCGCAGAAAGAAGGUGUCCCUCCAGGAGUUACAGUCGCUAAUUGGAAUGCUAAAUUUCGCAUGUUCUGUUGUCAUGCCUGGCAGGGCCUUUCUGAGGCGGCUGAUAGAUCUCACUAUUAAUGUUAGGGCCCCUCACCACAAGAUCAGACUAAAUAUAAGUGCCAAGGAGGACUUAAAAAUUUGGCUGUCUUUUCUUCAGAACUUCAAUUGCAAGUCAUUUUUCCUUGACGAGCACUGGGUGAGCUCACCUAAACUUCGGCUCUUUACUGAUGCUGCAGGCUCUCUGGGUUAUGGGGCAGUUUUUGGUGACGAAUGGUGCUAUGGGCAAUGGCCCGAUACAUGGGUAGGAAAGAACAUCGCUAUUCUGGAAUUCUAUCCCAUUGUCCUUAGUGUACAUUUAUGGGGGCAUAGAAUGACCAACCAGUGCAUUUUAUUUUUUACUGAUAACGAAGCAUUGGUUUACGUGAUCAAUAAACAGAGCUGCCGGGAUAAAUCUCUAAUGUUUUUUGUCCGCCACUUGGUCGCCCUUUGUCUUAAACAUAAUAUUCUUUUCAGAUCAAAGCAUAUACCAGGUGUGCAUAACAUUUUAGCAGAUUCUUUAUCUCGUCUCCAGCUUCAGGUUUUCAGAGAAAAAGCCCCAGCAACAAUGCAUUCCAACCCGACGGAAAUUCCGUUGUCUCUGUUGCCACAACAUUGGGGCCCAUAGUUGAAACACUCAUGGCUUCAAGCCUUCAGCAAUCAUCCAUCCCUACCUAUAGACGGGCUUGGCGUUUAUUUAACCAGUUCCUCAGCGCUACCUUCCAGAAUUGUGCUGUACAGCUGCCCAUAUCGCCAAGUAUGGUAGCUCUUUUUAUUGCAUAUUUAUUCGAUCAUCACUAUGCCCCUUCAACUGUUCACACUUAUGUAUCUGCGCUGGGCUAUUCACAUCGUUUAUCUAAUCUUCCUGAUCCAACUAAGGUUUUUUAUGUGAUCCAGAUACUCAAAGGCUAUAGCAAAAUUGGUUUUAAACUUGAUACUCGGCUUCCCAUCACCUUGCCAAUACUACAACGUUUGGUUACAGCAGCUCCUGUUAUUUGUUCCACGAAAUUUGAAUCAUGUCUUUUUCAAUCAAUGUGCUGUUUUGCCUUUUAUGCUUUCUUACGAGUUGGGGAAAUGACUCAAUCCAGUCAAACUCAGAAUACAGGAAGUCUGUUAACAAUUUUUCAACUAUCCCAACUCAAAGCGGAGACCGGUGUGGUUAAAGCUCUGAAAUUGACUUUUCAUAAUUUUAAACACAGCUACAAUCAGCGUCCCUUCUCCCUGAUAAUUCAGCGCCAGAACAGCCCUUGUCCAGUUAAUUUACUGCUGCAGUACUUAGUUUUGAGGGGUACACAUGCUGGCCCCCUAUUUUUGGACAGUUUUGGUAAUGCUGUUACUAGAGAUAAAUUCACUAACUUGCUGUCACUUGCUAUAAGACAUUCAGGUCUUAAUCCAUCAUUUUAUAAAGGGCACAGCUUUCGGAUUGGAGUUGCAUCUCAUGCGGCAGCGCAAGGGUUAUCUGAUGCACAGAUCAGGAUUAUGGGACGCUGGAAAUCUAAUGCCUUUCAGAAGUACAUACGGGUCAAUAGUCUUGUGAAUUAGUACAAUUUUUUCCUUUUAGAACUGGUCGAUUGCUGGGGAAUCCAUUGGUUCUCGAAGGCAUAUGAUGUGUACUGUAUACACUCCACUACUUGCAAGGGCGAUAGAUUGAGUGUGUGCAGUACAUCUCAUAUGUAGCAACUUGCAUAGUAGUGUAUUUCUUGCCCAUCCUUGAGUUUAGGUUGAGCUACAAUCCAGACAAGGCAACUGCUUACAAGGGUAGCAGUUUGCUUGAAUCCAUUUAACUUAAAUUGUUCUCUUUUCUUGCAUAGUACUGGCAAUCACUUGCAUGGGCGGUGUCUUUGCGGUACAAUUGCUUUGUUAGUAGCUUGUUCAUAAGGGCGAAAGUCUGCCGCCUUUAUCAAAUUGGCAUUUACUUUUCUCCUGUCACAAUACAGGAAACAUUUGCAUGGGCUGUGUCCUUGUUGUGUUGUGAUUGGAUAAUUGACAAAGCAUUUUGUUUUUGCUUUAAGUAGCAACACUAUGCGAAGGUAUGAUUGUAGCUUAUAUGUGCUAUCGUUCUCGAGUGCUGCUUUUUCCCUUGGGUGGAUUAUUGUGGAUUAUCACCCACCAUGCAUUUGGCGUUGUUUGCCCUCACCUUUACUGGGCAAUUUUUAGAUUUAUCAGAGCAAAUUAUAUAUUUUGACAAAUUUUAUUAAUAAAGCGGCUUUGGGCUAACAGCCCAUAGCCAUUAUGAUUCAAACACUGUCUUGUUUUGUAUCCAUGCCCAGUAAACAAAGCGCGGGUUAAAGCAGCUCUCGUUCUAUGGAAGCUAAGUGGGGAAGGCAUAAAACGGUUUUUGUAUAACGUAUUAGUAUAGAUGUCGUAUGUCAAAUACAAUGUAAGAUUGACUCUAGGUCAAAAGGAGAAGUUGCUCAAGUCAUAUCAGAAGAAAGCACCAAUAACUCUUCGACAAAAGCAUAGCCAACUGUCAGGCUCAGAUUCUGUGCUGUUGACAAAAAGCCAGAUUAAUCGAGUUGAGAAGUCGAAACGAAAUAGGACAGGGACUGACAUGAAAAUCAGUCAGACUCAGAUUAGAAAGCAGGAAGGUGGAUUCUUGGGCGCUCCAUUAGCCACGUGUGCUCUUAGUGGACCAGCUAGUUGGGGUGUCAAUAAGGCCUUACCCAAAACUGGCUCUGGGCUAUUUUGUGUCCCGCAAGACAAAGUUGACAAACUAAUAAAGUAUAAGGUCUACCUAACGCAAAAA